GCCUUGGCUACGGGACCCAGUCUCCCGCGUGGGUACUUACUGGGGUGUUUGAGUGGCGGGACUGCGGCGGCCGUGAGUGUAAGUGGCUGGGACACCUGAGUCCGGCGCGGCCAUGCUGACCCCCGCGUUCGACCUCAGCCAGGACCCCGACUUCCUUACCGUCGCCAUCCGCGUGCCCUACGCCCGGGUCUCCGAGUUUGACGUCUACUUCGAGGGGGUCGACUUUAAGUUCUACGCCAAGCCGUACUUUCUCAGAUUAACCCUUCCUGGAAGAGUUGUAGAAAACGGAAGUGAACAGGGAUCCUAUGAUGCGGAUAAAGGAAUUUUUACCAUUCGAUUGCCGAAAGAAACUCCUGGCCAGCAUUUUGAGGGACUGAACAUGUUAACCGCUCUUCUGGCACCAAGAAAAUCCAGGACUGCCAAACCACUUGUGGAAGAAAUAGGUGCUUCUGAAGUUUCUGAGGGAGGAGUAGAAGCUGAGGAUGAAGAGUUUGAUUGGGAAAUUGAACAGGUCCCCUAUGAAGAGGUAUCAGAAAGUGCUCUGAAUCCACAGUACCACUAUGGAUUUGGAAAUUUACGAUCCGGAGUGUUUCAGCGGUUACAGGAUGAAUUGAGUGAUGUUAUUGAUAUUAAGGAUCCAGAUUUCACUCCUGCACCUGAACGAAGGCAGAAACGCCUGGAUGCUGAGCUGGCCAAGUUUGAUCCUGAUCAUUAUCUAGCUGACUUUUUUGAAGAUGAGGCUGUUGAACAGAUUUUGAAGUAUAAUCCUUGGUGGACUGACAUAUAUUCAAAAAUGAUGGCCUCUUUGGGAAAGAGUCAGGAGCAAGAAAAUCAUGCUGCAUUAGUGUCUUUUUCUGAAGAAGAGAAAUAUCAGCUGCGAAAAUUUGUCAAUAAAUCUUACCUACUGGACAAGAGAGCUCUUCGCCAAGUGUACUACAGUUUGAUUGAUAUCCUUCUGGCAUAUUGCUAUGAAACUCGUGUCACUGAAGGAGAGAAGAACGUUGAGUCUGCAUGGAACAUUAGAAAACUGAGUCCCACACUGUGCUGGUUUGAGACUUGGACUAAUGUUCAUGAAAUCCUGGUGUCUUUUGGAAGAAGAGUUUUAUGCUACCCACUUUAUCGCCACUUCAAGCUGGUGAUGAAAGCUUACAGAGACACUAUAAAGAUCUUGCAACUAGGUAAAAGUGCAGUUUUAAAAUGUCUACUGGAUGUUCACAAAAUUUUUCAGGAAAAUGACCCAGCUUACAUUCUGAAUGAUCUCUACAUCUCAGACUACUGUGUGUGGAUUCAGAAAGCCAAGUCCAAUAAGUUGGCAGCUCUUGCAGAAACCUUAAAGGAAGUGUCCCUGACAAAGGCCCAGCUGGGAUUAGAACUGGAAGAACUGGAGGCCGCAGCACUUCUUGUCCAGGAGGAAGACACUGCAUCAAGAGCAGGCCGUCCUGUUUCCAGGCAGCAGACACCUGCCUGCCCUCCUGAGGCAGGUGACACGGAGGAGUCAGACAGCACCACCUCAUGUGAGACCGAAGGCUCGGACUCCGAACAAGGGGAGCUCUCAGGUAGUGAGUCUGAGACAGUGCAUUCCUUGCAGGGUCCCUUUCUCAAGGAACGCGGCGACCUGCUAAUCGAUGACGGGGUGUGCAGAAACUCAGCCGUCGAGAGAUGUGGUGGUAGUCCGAGAAAGCCACCCGCCUCCCCCCGGGCUCCUGGAGGCUCUGGGCCGCUGAUAGAGGAGCUUGGAGAGCAACUGAACUCGAGAGUUCAAGUGUCCAGACCUGAGGACUCCGCGGCUGCAAGCCACAGCAGCGUGCAGGGCAGAGGCGACUGGCAGACACCAAGUGAUUGACUCUGCGUGGUUUUCCUCACUGCUGAGAAUUAUGGCGGGUUUGGUUUUCUUUACGGAACGAGAAUCCACUUCCACUUGGUCCUUUUUCUUAGUGUAUACAACACUUUUCCACAGAGCUUAUGUUGAUACCUGUUGGUUUCCUUGUCACAACCUUAAAAAUAACGUUUUAAAGUAUUUUCACCAAAGUAUAAUUAAUAUUGAAGAUGAAAUAACAGUUCUGGCAGAAUCUCUAGAAUGUAGAGCCCAUGAAUAUAUUUUUCUUAAAGAUUUUAUUUUUAAGUAAGCUCUAUAACCAACUUGGGGCUUGAACUCGCAACCCUGAGAUCAAGUGUUGCACGCUCUACUUGCUCAGACACUGUACAUUAAGUAUGCAUCUCCUAGGAUUUAAUAUAAAUGGAAUCGUGUAAUAUGUACUCUUUUUUAAAUUAGGCUUAUUUCACUCUCUGUAAUUAUUUUCAGAUUCAUCAAUGUAGCCUGUAUUAAGAGGGCUUUUUUGGUUUUUGUUUUUUCCCCGUAUCAGAGUAGUAGUUCAUUGGAUAGAUUUUUCCAUUCACCUACUGAUGGACGUUUGGGUUGUUUCCAGCUUUCGUCUGUUCCAAAUAAAGCUGUUACGAACAUUUGUGUGCUAGUCUUUGUGCGGACAUAUGCUUGCAUUUCUCUUAGGUAAAUAUCCAGUAGUGGGAUGGCUGAGCCGUAUGGUAGGUGGAUGUGUAACAGUUCGAGAAACUGCCAAACUGUGUCCCAACAUGGCUGUCCCAGUUCACGUUUCCACCAGUUCCAGGUCUUUCACAUUCUUGUCAUCACCGAGUAUGAUCUGGCUUUAACAUUUUUACCGUUUUAUUAGGUGUGAGGUGGUAUCUCACUGUGCUUUUAACUUGCAUUUUUUAAGGCUUCUAUUGCUGUGCGUCUUUUCAUAUGCUUAUUUGUCAUCCACAAAUCCUUGGUGAAAUGUCUUUUCAAAUCUCUUGCCUUUUUUUUUCUUUUUAAAGCUGGGUUGCUUGUUUUCUUAUUUUUGAGCUUUGAGAGUUCUUUAUAAAUUCUGGAUACAAGUCCUCAUUAUGAGUCAUCUUUGCAUGCCUUGUAAUCUUCGACUGAGUGCCAAACGUUAUAAAUUUUACCUGGCUGAAUAUGUAUGUAUUCUUACGUUCUGUGGCUUUGUUUGGGGAUGCAGUUAAGUUACUUGGAAAUAGUGUGAUCUUUGUGGGUCUUGCUCAUGUAAUUUGUUAGGCAGGUCUGGAACAGUGUUCAGCCUAGGACAAACUAUUUCCUGGUACUAAGGAAAGAUUUUCCCAUUGCCCUGUGAAUUACAAAUUUUCCAGUCUAGCGGGUGGAAAUAGGCCCCUGUAUGCGUGCUGAGCACGGUUCCCUCUAAUACUUUCAGAUGCUGCCUUCCCACGAUUCCACACUCUUAGCAGUAGGUACUCGCAUGAAUAUCAGAGGGGCCCCUCUCCAGGUAUCUGGGCUUCUCUGUGGCUCUCUCCUCUCUGGUACUCUGUCCUGCAAACGCUGGCUGCCUCAGUGUCCCCUCACCCUCAGCUCUGUCUCCUGAACUCCAGGGUCCCCUGGGGACUGCCUACAUUGUCCCUCCCUGUGCAGCCUGGACAGUGUCUCAGGUCAGGUGAUGAUGCGGCUCACUGUAUUCGUUUCCUGUCCCUCAGGAUCACAGGCUUUCAUUGCCUGCCGUCCAGUGUCUUGAAAACCAUGGUUACGUGUAUUGUCCUGUUUUUCUUUUUUGGUUAUGUUGGGUGGGAGAGUAAAUCUGGUCUUUAUUACUCCAUCUUGAUUGGAAGCGUAAGUCUCCAUUCAUAUUUUAAAUGUGAAUUUUCCCACUUGAGGGUAAGCUCCCAGGGAGCAGGUUCUCUGCCGUGUCUGGUUACCACUGAAUCAUCAGUGCCCGUAUUCUCAGCGCUCCAUAAAUAUUGGCUGGAUGAAUGAAUAAAUGAAAUAAACCAAUUUGCUCUAGGGAGGAAAUGAAAUGAAAUCUGAUAUGUAUUAAUCUCAGCAUUUUUAUUUCAAGAAAGGGUAUGCUCCCUUUUACUCUGGGUUUAUAUAGGUUGUGAGUAUUUGUAUUUCCAAUAUAAAUUUCAGUUUGUAUUAACAGGAUAGUUGGGGUGACUUUGCCAUUCGACACGCAUGUUAACUCCUGAACACUAUAACAGCUUUGUCAGAAUGUGUUCAAGACUUUUUUCAGGCUCCCUGGAGAGCUUCAAAAUGCCUAUGACCAUUGAAAACGCAUUUCUUCUCAGUGGCACAUUACCUGAAGCCAGUUUGAAGAUGCAUUAUCUGUUACUCCCCUCAUUUACUUCUACUAAUGUCAAGUUGAGCAGAUCCACUCUUGUCAAAAAGUUUAAAGCCAUGGAAGUUCUUCCUUCUAUCAACUCUGCCCUUAACUUAGGAAUCUGCACAGGAUCUACUUCUGUGUGAGACUCGCCAUGGUUGGAAAAGCCUGUUACACCCCCCAAAAGAAUGAGCAAACAUGAUCCAUCCUAGAAAUCCUCAGAACAGAGGAGCUCAUUAAACAACUCUCAUGAGUAUCAAAGACCACAUGAGUGGGUGCCUUAAUUGUCGACUCCAAAUCUGUAGUUUCUUUCACCUGCCCUCUCUUUGUUCACAGAGGGUUAAAGCUUUGUUAUAUCACAUUACCCUGUCUUUGUUUAAGAUGAGUUAAGAACACUACACCAUGUCUGUAACCCAAAACAAGUCCAAAGGUGCUGCCUCUUAUUUCAUUUUUUUAAACUAGACAACCUGCCAAGCAACUCUAGGGAUCUCCUGUAACCGUAGGAGUUUCCCAAGAACCCUGGGUGAUGGGAGAAAAAAAUAUGUUGGGGAAAGAACAGAAGGGGACCUCAGUGACAGUCACGGGCCAGCAGAAGAACUAAGGCUUUGGGGUUGAUGAGACAAGGAAGUGAGUUCCAGAGCUAGAGCUCAGGUGUUGACCAGCCCUCAAGGGGGUACCCCAACCUCUGAACCUCCUUUUUCCUUUUGAAAAUGGGGAUACAAUUUUUUUCUUGCUUAUCGUAAAGGGUGAUGAGACUGUAUGUUCAAAACACUUUUAUGAACUGGAAAGUAUCAAACCAACAUCAGGGUUGGUUAUUAUUCUCGGACUUCCCAGAGCUGAACAGGGCUCUCUGUUCAGCUACCUGACAACAGGUCACUGGGGGAGCCGGCACUGUGAAAAUGAGUCAGCCCUGCUAAUCGCUUCAGAGGCAUGCCAGUGGUAAAAGUCUACACAGUUCAGCAGAUUAGAUAGAAAUAUUAAUUAUGUCAAUGAAUCACGGCACUGCCUCAUCUUCUGGGUUCGCAUUAUCAUUGACCUAUUUUUCUAUGUUCUGUCUCUCCUCUGCCAUUAUCCUUGAAGAAUAAUCCGAGGCCUUGCUGUGAGCAUGAUGGGUUUUAGGUGCCAGUAACUAUGCUGAUAUCAUCUUUCACUGGCACAGGAUUAAUUUACAAAUGAGACAGGGCUGCUCCCUACCACUUUCUGAGUUAGCUGAACAGCUGCGGGGCGGUUUUCACACCUGCUAGUGGAAAAUCCACUUUGGUUGUAUGGAUCAAAUUCUAUUACGAAGAACUGGGGGAAGGAGAGAGAGGGUUAAGUUUUCUUUGUUGUGAGACUUCAUAAAAAACUUUUUAUAUCAGAGGGGCUCCUAGAUAUCUAUUUUUUUAUUGAAAUUUUUGUAAUGUUUAAUUUUUGAGAGAGAGACACAGAGCAUGAGUGAUGGAGGGGCAAAGAGAGAGGGAGACACUAAAUCUGAACCAGGCUCCAGGCUCUGAGCUGUCAGCACAGACCCUGAUGCGGGGCUCGAACCCACAAAUCGCGAGAUCGUGACCUGAGCUGAAGUGGGAAGCUUAACCGACUGAGCUACCCAGGCGCCCCCUGGAUAUGUAUUUUAAUACAAAGAUUUUUAUUAUUUUACAUCUUGUAACUAAAAAUUGACCCAUGUAGUCAAUGGUGACAAAAAAAAAAAAAAUAGGAGUUAAAGACCAUAGAGGGAUAAAACCUUACUCAGAUGUAUACUGAAUCUUCAUAAUGUAUAUAAAAUAUUUGAAGAUGCAAAAGUCCCCUCGUAUAGACUGAUCCGUCAUGAAAUGACAUUGCAUGUCAGGUACAUUGAAGUUAAACUUCAUAAACAAAUCUCUGUAUCUGUUUGGUCAGGCAUCUCCAUUAAAGUGAAUCAAACUCUACAAAUGUUUCCUUAACAUCAUUCCAUCUAAAUCCCCGACGGAGUUUUUGUUUGUGAUCUGUUCCCUUUCCCGGCCGUUUUCUGAGCGUGUUAUAUAUAGUUUCAAUCCAUACCAAAUGAAGGAAGCAUUGAUUAGACUUGAUUUAAGGCAGCAAGUGAUAAAUGCAGCUGGAAAUUGAUUCAUGCCUCUCAAGUGACUGGGGCACAGCCAUCCACAGUUGACACAACUCUUGUGUCAAGGCUGGAGAAAACAAACAGGGAAACACAUGUCAGACAGAUAAAUGACUUCGCUGUUUUGAGCUCUCCGUGGAGGCCAUUUGUUUCCUAGAUAAGGAAGACUGCUCUCCCAAGUCAUGAAAAGAUAAGCUAGAGGAAAAGGAUGAAUGUGGAGCUGGAUGCCUAAGCCCUUGGGGAAAAACGAACAGAAAGGAUUCACCUCUGGGAAGUCUUGCCACAAGGCUGUACUCGGUGGUACUCUGCUUUUCUCCAGGGGCGCUGCAGGCAGCGAUUUUACUGUGCAAGCCUCCUCUGUCCAGCUAGGCCCGCGUGCUGGAGGCUAUGUCUCCGGGAUUUUAAGGGAUGGCAGUGGUAUGCCCUUGUCUUGUAAGUUCUUUCCAGGGAGACCUUUCCCACCUUCUCUCCUUGCGCUGAGCAUUCAGGGGAAGAAGCAGCAGGAAUGGCCGAGUGACUUGAGAGCCCAGCUCACGGGCCUCCAGCCUGAAGUUCCAGCAGUUUGACAACGGGCCCAGGACCCCUCUGAACACAGUAGCCCUCUUGCAACCGAGGGCCUCGCAUCGAGCUUCUUCCACACGGCGGGACCCACUGCCACCGUGUCGUGCUUGGACACUUGACAGGUGACACGUCCACAAGAGUCGACUGGACGUCCACAGGAGUGGCAUCCUUUGCACAGAAAUCAGCCCGGCGCGGUGUUUAACAAGGAAGAGCAAAGGCACACGCCGCUCGAGCGGGCCGGCAGAGCCACGGCGCGGCGGCAGCAGGCGGCCCCCCCACCCGGAGGCGAUCGCGGUGCCCCUGCUCCCUCGGGGCCGGGCGUGGGUGGGAGCGCCGGGCGUUUCGGCGCGCCGCAGAUCAAUGAGGAUGCCUGUUCUCCCUUAUGCGAGCCCACCCCCUCUAAUCCGCCGCAUUGUCCACUGACGUGUCUAAUUAUGUGUCUUACAACCACAGAACUCCCCCCAGAGUAGCGGGGCCCUUCUGGCGGAAUGAGGAGCAUGAUUGCUCCAUCUGUUCCUCGGGCGCCGGCCGGAGGCGGCGGCGCGCGCUGGAGCUGACUGCGCGUGCGCACGAGCGGGCCGGGGGGAGGGUGGGGUGGGAUGGCCGCCGAGCGCAGGUGCCUGGAGAAAGGGGAUCCCAGUGGCAGGUGUGGAUGCCAAGCUCGCCGCGGCGGAGUCUCUGUUUAAUUACUGUCGAGUGAGGGGGCUGUUUUAUUUAAGAUUUAUAGGAGGCAGGUUCAGAUGGAGUUCUGAGCCGAGCUCGAGAAGGUAGCAGCCUGGAAGCUGCUGGGGAGAAGAGACACCUGCGUCUUUCAUUGAGCAUGGCACACUCAGAAUUUCCUGAUAUGUAAAAAGAAUCACUUGGAAUUUGGGGAGGCUCUAAGGGAGAGGUCAGCACCACCCCGUUCUCCCCCUUUUCCCAAGCUGACUAAACUGUUGUUGUUUGUGAUGUCCAAAUCACAGGCGUAUCAUUCCGCUCCCAGUAACACUGUGCGUGCGGAGAUCUGGCCCGAAGGGACCAUGAAAGUAUCACCUGGAGAGGAUUACACAGAGAAGACCAAAAAUGGGCCAAAUAUCAGCUUCCACGUGCCUAGCCCUUUACAGUUGGCAAAAGUGCUUCUGCCUUGCCUCACUUUCAACAGGGACAGGCAGGAGUGGCCCCAUUUUGAAGGGAGGAACCCACUCUUGGGUACACUCAGACUUUUGCAGGGUGAGGACACAGGGCAGUGAGAUUCCAGGAGUCAGGAAAGAUCUCUGAAGAAAGGAUAAACAGGAGUUGGUCAAGUAGAGGGUGGUUGGGGAGGGGAGAGUGUAUCCCAGGUGGAAGGAUGUGAUGAAUGAAGGAACCAGAUUGCUUGGGAUGACUGGGAUGGAGAGGAGUGUUAACCCAAAUAGAAUAUUGGAAAGUAGCUCAAAGAAAGCCACAUAAAGCUGUGGCCCCAGACUCAGGUGUGGAUCAUAUAAAGAAAGGGCGGGGAAGACAACCCAGUACCAGUACCACAGUAACCAAAAAGCAAUUGAGUAUU